AUGAACUUCUUAAAGCUUCUGUAUCACGCUCAGUUCCACGGCGCCAAUAGGCUUGCUGAUAGAACAUCCAGAUGGUAUUUCAUCCCUCCGAUGCUGAUGCUGCUCCUGUCAUCCAUAAUGCUGGUGAUCUUCACCGUCAACCGUUACCUCAGUAACCCCACAUACAUAGUGCAUAUGGAAAAAUUAAUUAGAACCAGAUCGUUCCCGUCUGUAGUACUAUGCCCAGAAAUAGCCUUCUUGGAAAGCAAGAUGGACGAAUUUCUUUCUGAAUUAAAAUAUCCGACCGGCAUGAACGCCUCUGACUUCCGAGACAUUCUGCCGCAACUGGCCGCGUUCUACGCGCCUGACAUGCUAUACGAGCUCGACGACCUGAUGCGGCUGGAGGAGCUCCUGAUCUACAACGAUAUCAACGUGGAGCAGGCUGGACUGCGGCUCACAUCCACUUGUGAGGAGACAAUCAUUAGAUGCCGAUUUGGCCGAAAAUUUUUAAACUGUUCAGAAAUAUUCACUAUGGAGAUGACAGGUGCUGGAUUUUGUUGUGUGUUCAACGGAAGAUCAUUGCGAAGAGAAAUGCAAGAAAACGGAGAAGGAAAAAAAAGUAAGCCAGUCACGAACUCCACCCGAUGGAAAACGUCCCACUUCGGAUAUAGCAGCGGUCUUAUGCUAGCCGUUAACCAGAGCCAGCUCAAGCCGUUAAAUAUAGACCUUUAUUAUAAAUGGAUUGCUCUCCAAACAAGCCAGCAUUUUGUCGACACAGCGAACAAUGGAUCAGUCCUGAACCCUGGAUGCGAGCAGUGGAUAGCCUAUUACACGAACAGCUUCAACAUUGGCGUAGAGGUUAAGGAGCUGAGCACUUCUCUUCGGAAAUGUUAUUUGUCUGUGGAUGGACUACUGGAGUACUUUCCUAUUUACAACAAGCGGUACUGCCUCCUUGAGUGUGAGAUGGCUAAUACUAUGAAAGCAUGCAAGUGUUUGCGCACGGCCCACCUGCAGCCGCCCGGCGCCACGCAGUGCCGAGCCGCCAAACUGCGCUGUGCUACGCAUGCUAUGGUGCCGUACGACACCGAACUUUGCAAUUGUCUUUCAACGUGUGAAGUAGAGAUGGUCUACACAAACGUGGCUAGCUUUGACCUGAAUAGUAUGGUGAAGCCACUGGACUCUUUCUACGACGAUUUGGAUUUCGACAAAGUGACAAUCGUUCGAGUGUUCAUUGAGAAUCGGAAACAAAACGUGAGGCAGAGAACAUCUUAUUUCUCGUACAUGGAUCUUUUCAGUCAGCUCGGAGGAGUGUUCAACGUGUUCUUCGGAUGCAGUAUACUAACGCUACUAGGCUUCAUACAAAUCGGCUGGCGAACUAUGCUGGUUCCAUUCAAAAAACAAUAA